UUGUUCUUGCCCUAAGCUUCUUCCUUCUGUAAAACAGCCGUUACCCUUUCUCCUUGCCAUCGCCCUCCUCCGUUCUUUUUCUUGUUUUCUCUCGGACAGACGGCUCGUUCUUGUUCACUAUCGGUUCUUCCGUCUUUAUCUUCGCGCCAAAGUCACUCAUCUUCUUCCACCCCUUGGCUACGUGGUUCAACGAAACCACCAUCAAUGUACCUUAAACCCUAGAGUCUUUAUUUAAAAACCUAAGUUUAAACGAUGAAGACAGUAUCAGGAAAAGUGAUAUCAACUGCUCCGAUCUCUCUCUCCAAAGCCGCUUCGAUAAUCUCCAACUUCGCCGCCGCCGAAAACGGUGCAUCCCAAGCCAUCAGCGCUUACGUACGACGCGCCUCGGCCGCAUUCACUGAGCUUGCUCACCUCCACAAGGAGCUCAAGUACUCAUCCAAGUCGUCCGGAAAACGCAGAUGGCCGAAGCCUGAUGUUUCUCAGGAGCAAAACCCGCCAACAAGGAUUGAUGCUGACGGGGAGCCGAAUCAUCUCGCUGAGUUAAGCCAGGAAAGGAGUCAAGGGGAGAAUAUUGAGGGAGGGAAACACCGUAAUAAGAAGAAGAAGGAGAGGGGUGAGUUUGAUGAUUUCGUGAAAAACGAGGAUGAGAGUGCUGGGGUUAAAUUUGAGAUUGAGGGUGAGGAGAAGCUGAUUCCGUUGGGUCGAGGAGAACGGAGCCAUGAAGUUGAGGGCCUUGAAGGGGUGGAUAAGGAGAGAAAGAAGCACAAGAAGAAGAAGAUCAAGAACGAGGAUGACGGGGUUGAGAAUGUUAAGUUCGUGGAAAACGAAUGUCCAAUUGGCAAAACGCGAGAUGGGGUCAAGAUGGAGAUAUUAGCAGAAAGUAGGGAAGAGAAGAAGGAGGGUGAAGAGGCUUACGAGGGAGAGGACCUGCGUUCCGAGGAGCGUCGGAGUAAGAAAAAGAGGAGGAGAAAAAGCGAAGAGAUUGUUAAGAAAUAACGCUUAGCAUGAUUUUCUUAAUAGUGUUUCUAUUGGGGAUUGAAGAAGAUUUGAUUUCAGAGCUUCAAAGCAAUCUGUGGCUUAGAAGCUCAUUUUGGUUACCUUUCUAGGGGGCUGAAAUGGACAUAUUGGUCAUUUAUGGUAUCACCACCAAGACUCAUAGCAACCAUGAUAUUAGAAUGCUGGGUUUUGAUGAAGGAAACUUGGGAAGGGGAGAGGUUUUCCAUAUCCCAAUAUACAUGGAAGUCUCCAUUGGUGGGAGAAGCUGGGAAGGAUGUGUCACUAUAGUCAGUGGCAAAGGAUAGGAUGAAGUGAACUUCAACACUGGACUUGAUGGGUACAUCUGAGAAUAUAACACCCUUAUCUUCAGCUCCUAUGUAUUCUCUGAAGAGCUUGGAGUUCUCUGAUUUUACUUGGAAUGAUAAUAAUGCAAUGAACAAGGCUUGAAGAAGGAGAGAAACAAGGAACUUACGAAA